AUGACUAGAGGCGAGAUUCUCCAUCUUCAUAUCGGCCAGGCGGGCACCCAGCUCGGGAACAGUGCUUGGGAACUUUACCUCCUCGAGCAUGGCCUCAAGAAAGACGGUCGACCCGACCCCGACGCCAAAGACCUGCAUGAUUCCGGCGAGCUGGAUACCGUAUUCACAGAGACGGGCAGCGGCAAAUACGUGCCGCGUUCUAUCUUUGUUGAUCUGGAUCCUAGUCCCAUUGACGAAAUCCGCACGGGUGAUUAUCGCCAGUUGUUCCAUCCCGAGAUGUUAAUUAGUGGUAAGGAGGAUGCGGCGAAUAAUUAUGCUAGGGGGCAUUAUACUAUUGGGAAAGAGAUUUUAGAUGGGACGUUGGACAAGAUUAGACGUGUCUUGGACAACUGCUCUUCCCUCCAAGGCUUCCUAAUCUUCCACUCCUUUGGCGGUGGCACCGGCUCAGGCUUUGGCUCCUUGUUGCUCGAGCGCCUCUCGACCGACUACGGCAAGAAAUCCAAACUUGAAUUCGCCGUUUACCCUGCGCCCCGCGUUAGCACCGCAGUGGUAGAACCAUACAAUGCCGUGCUCUCAACACACAGCACCAUCGAGAAUAGCGACUGCACCUUUCUUGUCGACAACGAGGCCGUGUACGACAUCUGUCGCCGCAACCUCGAUAUCCCGCGCCCUUCCUUCGAACACCUGAACCGUCUGAUCGCGCAGGUCGUGAGCAGUAUUACGAGUAGUUUGCGCUUCGACGGCGCGCUGAACGUCGAUUUGAAUGAGUUUCAGACGAACCUGGUGCCGUAUCCCAGGAUUCAUUACCCGUUGAUUAGUUAUGCGCCUGUCAUCAGCGCUGCGAAGAGUAGUCAUGAGAGUUUCAAGACUCAAGAUUUGACGCUUCAGUGCUUCGAACCCAACAACCAAAUGGUAGUCUGCGACCCUCGCAACGGAAAAUACAUGGCCGUUGCGCUCCUCUACCGCGGCGACGUGGUCCCCCGCGACUGCAACGCAGCCGUCGCGUCCCUGAAAGCCAAAACCUCAUUCAACCUCGUAGAAUGGUGUCCCACAGGUUUCAAACUGGGCAUCAACUACCAGAAGCCCGUCUCGGUCCCUUCGACCUCGCCCAACGAUGGCGCCCUGGCAUCCGUAGACCGCAGCGUCAGCAUGCUGAGCAACACCACGGCGAUUGCCGAGGCGUGGAGCAGGCUGGACCAUAAGUUCGAUCUGAUGUAUAGCAAGCGCGCGUUUGUGCAUUGGUAUGUAGGCGAGGGCAUGGAGGAGGGCGAGUUUAGUGAGGCGAGGGAGGAUCUGGCGGCGCUGGAGAAGGAUUAUGAAGAGGUUGCUGCGGAUAGUUUUGAUCCUGAGGAAGGGGAGGAGGAGUAUUAG